AUGGCCGAAAACAAUGAAAAUUUAAACUUGAAUGCCGAGACCCUGCAGGAAUCAGCGAAAAUUGAAACAAAUGCACACGGAACGAGUGAUAAUCAACCAUCAGGGGGAAAAAAAGCGAAACUUAUCAAUGUAUCCACAGAAGGCAAUAAUAAUCACAAUGCAAGUAAAAAUAAGCAGUUCUCUAGAGCGUCGAGAAUUCGACAGAGUAUAGGAAACAUUGGUUUGAAUAAAAAAAGGAAAAAUAAAAAGAAAAAGUUGAAUGAAA